CGUCGAAUGAUAUCGAUCUUCAGUUGGCGUUGUGUUCACUUUAUAAGAUGUGCAGAUCACGUGCUUUGACUAGUAGAGAGCUUUUGGAAGCCUUCUUGCUAAGAUUCAUAUAGCAUUUCUACCAGCGAAAAAAGCAGCGCAUCAACUUAAGAAAACAAGAGGUGUGUAUGAAUGAUAUUUUCCUUUUAUGACAUUUUAAUGUCGACCCGGUUCGCCUUGUGAAUACUAUGCAUUGAGUAUACAGGCGAGAACCCUUCACACUUGAUUAUAGUUUGUUCACGCUGAGAAUCAUCGCUGUUACAACCUACUUGACAAUACAAUCUUCCUUCACAGUAUCAGAAAUGUUAUAUUAUAUUCCUUUACCUAAUUAUUCAUUCACCUCGUUCCGAAUGUGCGAUUGCUGUCUUUCAUCGACAUGCCACAUUACCUAUGGCUAUAUGUUAUCUUUUGAAAAAUAUCUUGAGAGUCUCUCGCGACAUUUAAGAAUGCAAGAGAGACAGAAAGAGAGAGAGAGAGAGAGUGAGGGGAAAAAACAUUUCGGAUUUUUUUCUUUAUGUAUUUCUUAGUUGCCAUCGAUGGACCAUAUGUGAUUGGGUAGUAUGUGAUUGUUAUUAUGCAUAGCAGGUCCGGCCUGUAACGACGUCUUUCAGGCGCAAAUAAUUCCUUUGCGUUGUCAUUUCGCAUACCGUUGUAAAGUAUAGCUCCAAAGAAAUUAUCAUUUCCUGUUCGAGGUUUUCAUUUUCAUUCAUUUUGUGGGGGCUGAAAUCGUCUACAUACAGUGUAUGAAGAUAAACGACCAGCUGAACAACGUACUUUAAAUGUUCAAUUACUCUGAAUAUUCAAUGCACUUUAGUCUUAUUUUUUGAAUUAAUUCAAGCGUCGUUGUACAGUAACCACGAUCUUCAGCACCACAGUGACAAUGACAAUGACAAUGUUCUGCCUUUCGUGUACUUUUUAAGCUGCUGCUCCGAUUCAUCAGCUGUGUUUACAACUAUUUCCGAAUGUCUGAGUAAUUUAUAGCAAAACUGCCAAUCACAUGAAUUUGUCGCGGCGUUAGAGCGCCAUUCGUUUGUGUAAUCAGCUUCCAGUCGUUACAGAAUGAACGCUACGUUGCCCAUGGCAAAUUUCCGUUUCCGUGCUUGAAGGCAUCAAACGUAACGUUGAGAAGUUUAAAUUUUCCUUCGACCAGCUAAACAAAACUUGAAAAAUCAUGUAUACGCAGUUGCUUUAGGCGGAUUGCGUGACGAACUAGAGUAGUCAACUAAGAAUUGAACGAGCUGUUUCGGUGGACUCUUUGUAAAGUUAAUUACCAUAACAAAUUUUCUUUUCAUUCAGUCAAAAGUCAGUGCCUUGUAUUGGGCUUGUAUUGGGUUUUCACUGGUUAUAUAUGUUUUGGUUCAAUAAUUGCAUUCGUAGUUUAUUUUGUUUCCUUUGUUGCAAUUAGGCCAUCCCAAUCCCAUCGCCCGACCGACCCAUUUUUUUUGGAAAAGUAAAAAAAAAAAUUCCAGAAUCACUUGUAAAGAAGCUAGUACUUUAAUUUACAAGCACACGAUCUUGUCUUAUUAACACCAAUUGUCUUAAAUUAUCAUCGAUACUUCGUAUUUGUAGCCUUUUUAGACAUUUGAUAGUCCUGUUAAUAUACAUCUUUAUCUUGCAGACUAAACGCGAGGUUUAAUAUGCAAUCAUGUGCUCACGACCUUCACGAGAGGGAGGGCGAUGGGAAACGAAACGUUUUAUUGGGAUGGCCUUACAUAUAAUUCAUUACCAUACAUUACCACACUUUGCCAAAUCGAUGGAAAAUAUACUUUAAACCAUGCAAAGACAAUAAUUUUGAACCACAACAUAUAAGGUAAAAACUGCCCUUAAACUCACUCUCAGUUUUGAGUGGGUAGUUUCAAAUAUAUAUUACAAGUAAUUUGGUGGUUCAGUGUGUUAGAAAGAUCGCAAAGCUUAUGAGCUAGCCCUUCGCCAAAAAGAUUAAGCACUUCUAUAAAGCAUCAUAACAAAUAAAGGCAGACUAGCUUUUGGGUACAUUUCAGGGAUAAAUCAAAUCAGCAAAUGGUGAACUUUAGAAGUCAAAAAUUAGACUGUAACAUUAUUACAAAGAGCCGUCUCAUUAGGUCCCUUGUAUAGCAAAAAUUAAGGCACAAAAUGGGACCAAGCAAACUUGAGUCAGUGAAUAGUGAUUAGGGAGCUUAAGCAACAGUGUUGUUGAGCGUCGGACAUCAACCGGAGAUGGACCUUUUGCAUCAUUGGUCAGUGGUUUGUUUGAAACUCUCGGAUAAUUCCUCUUCAUAAGAGAAAAGAAACUUUGCAAUACAAAUUUGUUAGCGUCAAGGCAUAUAAAAAGGGAGAAAGGCUCACUUCCGGUUGACGUGUGUCCCUCAGAACUGUCUUUGCUUAAGCCCCCUAUUUUCAUGUUAAAGGUUAAGGCAUGGAUCCUCCAUAAUACAAAUCAACUUCCCCUGUUGCCCCAGCUGUGUAUUUUUCAUUCCAAAACUAGACAGACAGUCCAUUAGUUUGUGAUUGUAGACACCACGGUUUUCUUCACCAUGGAAACAAGGCCUAAUUUCUCCCGGGGGUAGGGGGGGGGGGCUACUUCCUAGUAAUAGGCUAAUGGGCAUUUGCUGCUGGAUGGGGUUGCAUUUUCGUGGCUGGAUUUACUAACAUGGGAUCAUGCAUAGGAUUUGGGGGUUUUAGAAAAUUCAGGUAGGUAGGGAUUUAAAAGUGGGAAGAUUUUUACUUCAUUAAGUUAAACCAAUGUGUCUGUUCAUUUCAGGAUGGCCUAGUUAAAAGGCUUUACAAAGGAGAUGCACAAACGUAAAGUUACUAAGUUGGGAUCGUGAAAAUUACAUUUUCCCAAAAGUGACUAAGAUGGGGUCUAUAUUUGGCCACAGAAUAGACUAUAAUGGGGUGGGGGUUCUGACAGGCCAGUGGAACAUACCCAGCAAAAAUUAACCCAAGUAACCCCCCGGGUAAUUUCUCCACCUUCCCUGUGGCUUUCUCUUAUGGCAAAAGCCCUGGGGAAGGGUUUGGGUGUUAGAAUGACCAAGAAAGGCACUUGCUCUAGCACAGUAGGUGACAGUGACUGUCUGCUAUCUAAGAAACUAUAAUAUGAUUAACUUCCCUAGGAGAAAAGUUUGACCAGCUCUAGCAGUUACAAUAAUUUCUAACAAGCUGAAUUUGGAUUACCAAGAAGUCAAUUAAUCCAGGUAGUAGAGUAGGAGCAGGUCUUAGACUUCAGACCUUCAAAUCUUAAAUUCCAACCACUCAUGAAGCCUACUCCCUAGAAUACAUUCCCAUUCUUGUUACAGCUACUUGUACCAGAUUAUUACCUGUAUCUUUAAUUUUUAUUCCUUAUGCUUAUAAAUCAUUAGAACGAUCAGAUCAUUAGAUUCCUUCACCUUGAUGUCUUUGUCCCUUCUUACAGGGUUGGGGCAGAUGGGGGUGGGAGGUGGGAAGGGGGUGGGGUUGAGGGUGUUAACCCUUUCACUGCCAGACUGCUCAAUGGAGUUUUGUAAGGUGACUCUAACUUUGAGUCUGGAACCAAAUCCUAUGAUGUGACCAUUCAGAUGAAAGCUCUCUGCCUGUACUUACUCAUGGUGAAAUGCACAAAAUGAAAUUUCGAAAUUUGGUCGAAAUUUGCUUUUGGCUAAAUUUGGCAGUGAAAGGGUUAAGAAUGAUUUUGACUUGAUUCAAUCAUAUCUUCCAUUGCAUUCUUGAUGCAUCAAUUAAGUAAGCAAAAGUCAACUCCUCUAUUUGCAAAUAUCAAAGGAGAUUCACUGUAGGUUGCUACUCCUUUAAAUAGCCAUUUGUACCUUUUAGAGAUCCAGUUUUUAUGAAAUUUAAGGUCUACCGCGAGUUUCUUAUUUGCAUUGUUAACCACAGCUUUUCUUUUUAGGUAUCCACUAAUUUUUUAAAGACCGUAAACUUAAGCUUUAUUGCUAAAAAGUAUAAAUGGCUAUUUAAAAGGUGAAUAUUUUCAAAGCUAGGCAGGACCAACCCAGGGGAGGGAGGGGGUGCACUCGUCUCUUGCUCUACUUUACACCAAUAAACCACACAGUUUUUUUUUUCAGAAUACGCAGUUGUAUUAGAAAACCGCAGGUCAUCUCGAGGGGGGGGGGGUGCGCACCCCCUGCACCCUCCCCCUAGAUCCGCCCCUGCAACCGCAUGUUUGUUGUUGAUACCGAUGUCUUGACUUUAGGAAUUUAUUUUUUUACAAUUAGUUUUGAAAAGGUGAAUUCGCAACUCUUGCUCCUAAUCUGAUAAAGUAAUAGGGGGCCGUCCCAUCCGAUUAGACUAUAUAGUAUAUUGAAGAUAAGAUUUAAUACCUACUUUUAUCCAAGCGUGGAAAAAAUGUUUCCUUUCGCGGCCAUUUUGAAUUUUGCGGUCGGCUGGUGCGAGGCCUGGGACCAAAAAUAUUUCUUGGUUCCAGACCUCACACCCUUUUACCACAAAAUUCAAAAUGGCCCCGAAAAAUAAUCUUCACUGAAUAUUGCAUCCAUCGGUAUUCGCAUCGGUAAAGUAAGUAAUCUCUAUUUACGGCAUUUUCGAACAAUCUAAUGGGAUGUGCGAGGGCCCUUUGUGUAAAGUUGUUGAAAAAGUGUCGUCCUUGGCUAGAACGAAGUUGUUUUGGUUUUUGAUUUCCAGUUAAUUUGGCAGGUGUUGCAAGAGAGGCACACCUUGCUCGUCUUUAAACAAGUCAAAAAUACUCGUGCAUGGGUUUUUAACAUGUUUCUUCCUCGACAGUAAUCACUCUACAAAGUCUCUGGAACCUGAACUUUUAACUCGAGUUUUUUAAUUUUCCAAGUAGCUUUAAAUACUUUAACAAUUUCAAGAAUCUGUAAGCGUUAAUAACACAUUUUCAACAUAAGCCACACUUAAGUUGUAAAUUUCAGAUUCUUUGCUUUACUUUGCUUACAACGUAAAUAUGUUUAUGUUAAUAGUUUAUAGAAACACGCCAUCAUCUGAGUAACCCGGAAUUAACAACCAACCCGACAUGAUCGUAGUUUUGACUAAAAAGAGGUUGAACCCAGGAGUAUAAAUCACGUAGACAAGCUGUAGGUGGAAUAUGAUCACUCAGCACUAGCCUCCACCUCGGGACGAUCUCAUUCCAGUUACUUAUAGUAAUAUUUAAUUACUGCCCGUGAAAAGUCGCAGAAAUCGCUUUGUGGGUCGAUCGCAGACAGUAAUUUCUGGCUGGGUGCAGAGAUCAGAAGCGACGACCGGAAUUACACAGGGUUUGAGCUAGGAUUUGAUCACUGGGGGACAAUUUGUCUCCUUGGCUACAAUUUUGGGGGACAUUUUCAUUUUUAGGGGGACAGAAAUUUGUACACCCUUCCUUCUUAGCAGGGCUUCUGAUAGGUCUCGGACGAAAAAGUCAAAUUUCGCGGGAUUUUUAGGGACAAAUUCGCGGAAAAAUCGGCCGAUUUCGCGGGAGUUUUCGGGGCAAACUUCACCGAAAAGAAAUCGGUAAAAAACGGCCGAUUUCGCUAGAAAUCGAUCGGUUUUGCGCUGAUCAGACCAGCCUUUUUAACGUUUUUCUAGCAGAGGUCAUCAUUUGCUCUUUCAACAACAAUACGCUCCAGAAAUGAACCAAUGGCAAAGCCUUUAACAUGAUGGCUAGUGCCCAGUUUUUCGCAACAUAAUCUGUUUGCACGUUUCAGUGACGAAGUUCCAAGAUAAAUUUGCAAGUUUACGGCAAGUAAAUAGCCCCUAUAGCUGAAAUAAGUUUCAAAUAUGUUGUACAGACAUGUAUUUGAUAACAUUUCUACCGAAUUUCGCGGCUCCGCGUCCGCGCGAAAAAUCAGAAGCCCUGUCUUAGAUUGCCGAAAAAAAUAGCAGUAGAGCGUGACUGAAACGUAACUUUGGAAUGAACUUUAAAGGUGCGAUAAAAUAUGCUUUCCACGUUCUGUUUCAGCUAGCAACUUCUGUACCGAAAUAAAUCUCUUCGUGUGUGCUUCCUUUCGAGUUUUUUUCCCUAAAUUUUGAAGGGGACAAAUUGUCCCCUUGGCCGUUUUUUAAAGGGACAAUUCCAAUUGCAGUGCGGGAUUGGCGCAAUGGCGCGGCCUGGCCCAAACCCUGAUUACAUGUACGUCUGCGUUCGUAGACUUAUAUUGCCCCGGUUUUCCUUUGUGUGAGUUAAACUCACUCACGAAUAAAUAGAGGUUUUUUUUCUAACAAAGGCUACUUUUUUGCUCACAGGGUUAAACUUCGAUGGCUUUAUCAACAACCAAAACUGUGACUUUAUUUAUAGUCGCUUUGACCCUGAUAGUGAUUUUCAUUGUUCAGCAGUCAGAUUUAAAUAUGAAUCCAGAGGUAAGCAUUCCAAGCACUGAGGGUUGAUUUCAAUUCAGCAAAAUUUUAUUUAUUUUAUUAGCUUCGCCGAAGAAAUAAAAAAAAAACAUAAAACGUAAUUAAACUUAAGAAGGGGGUCGGCAGGGACAACGGAACAGCUGAGGCCAUUUACAGCCGGCCCGGGUAGAAUAAAAGAGUGAGAAAUGUUAAGAACGUCAAAAUACAAGAAAAGAGACUAACUACAUUCACAAACGAUCGGACGAGAUAGCGGAUGGACAUUAUUACAUUUUUCCUGGGUCAGUAUACCAAAAGUUCUAUUUAGCGAAUGGGCGUUUCUCUCGGUUUACCGAAAUUUCUUUGAUUUCUUCCUGGAAAUUUCCCUUCCAUUCGUGUUGCGAGCGAGAAUUUCCCAAAUGUUCCUCGGAACGGUUCGCUUUUGGAAUUUUCCGGUUAACAAAUUUUCAGGGAUAUUUCUGAUGACAUUUCGGUUAACAUUUGGGUCAAAUAGAAAGACUUAAACCCUCGAUCGCUUAGGUCACAAUCACUAGCGUCACCCUUCACGUACUUCACAAAGUGAAUAUUUUUGUGAUCCAAUUGUUUGUUUCCCAUUUCUUAGUCGGACUAUCUAUUUAGUUAUGCAUUAUUUAUUCUUGGGCUACAUAUGUUGUUUGAAACCUUUUUUUCUUUCCAUUAGCGACGUCAGAAGUCUCACUUUUCCUCUGAAGAACAGAAAAAGAAUCAUCGUUUUAAGCAAAAGCUGUUUGUUAAGGUAAAGGUACACUUUUUUGAGCUAUUUUAACCCUUUAAACCCUAAGAUCAAUACUUGAAUUCUCAUUUGGUGCCUUCAUUCAUUUCCUACAGAAGUAGUUGGGAGAAGUUGAUAAAAUAUCAAUCAAAUUCAUCUUGUGUGAUCAUGUCCGUAAUUCUCAUGACCACUCUGUUUUUCAAAGCAUUGAAAUUACAAGGAGAAAUUUGAUGCUGAUCACUCUUAGGGCUUAAAUGGUUAAUUCAAUAAAAACAGAUAUGCGAUCAGACGCCCCUUGAAACGACACAUCUCGCGAUGUCUGCACCAAUAAGUAUUUAGUUGUUGCUGUUCUUUGUACUGUACGAAGCCAACGGAAUCUUCGCAAUUUUAAAGUUAAUUCUUCGUAAUAAGUUCAUAUAACAGAGCCUAACAUGCUAUCUUAAUCUUGGCAAUUCCUGUCUCUAACAGCUGAAGAUGUUAGUCUCUGCAAUGUCUUGUUGAAAGAUGUUGUAUACGCCGAAUUGUGCUAGGGUCCAAGAUGUGGGAAAAACCAAUUUAGAAAUACAACUAAUUUAUGAGCAUGGUCUCAUGUCAACUAUCAGAAAAUUUUGUUUGUAAUCCAAUAAUAAAAGAGUUAUUCCUCUCGCGCUUGUUGAAUAUAAAAUGAUCUGUCUUCUCAUUUCUGCCCCUUUGAAAAUCUUGUGCGUGUAGGAGCACUUUAUAUCAGAGUACAUGAGGAAAACUAUUAUCUGUAAGCCAUCACCACAGUCGAGUCGAUGAAAAAUUCUUAUGCGUUUGCAAACGUUUACGUGGAAACACAGCCUUGAAAAAGACCAUACCGUGGUCGAAUGAUCAGCACAUGAUUUUCUAUUCGUCAAAAACGUAGGAAAUGUUUGCAUCAAGAUGUAAGAGUCGCAGUCCAUGCCUGCAGUGGAUGCCUUUGUUCCUGACGCCAUUAGCUAACAACAGAUGUUAAUCAGUCCUUAUUUACCUUUUUUUCCCUGUAAGGCAUUAGAACUGAGUAAUCGUCGUAGUUUUAACUUUCUCAACCGCACAAUUCAAGCCUAAGUUUUUCUUUACGCAGAUCAAAAACCUGAAGGUCGCUAAUGUUAAAGGCCCAGAACAACAAACGCGGAUCUCUUCAAUCCCGCUUGUUUUCGAAAGUUUCCGUUUUUUGUAUGUUAGUUCCUCUUAUUGCGUUUUUUUGUUUUUGUUUUUUGUUUUGUUUUGUUUUUUGUUUUUUUUUUCAGUAACAUUAAUCAUUGCGCCGCUUUAAGACUAACACAGGGAAGGCUGGGCAAGAAAUAAGGCCUUGUUAACACCGAAAUCAAACACGUGAUCACUACUUAACGCGAAAGCUGGUCAAAAUUAAUAAGCAAUAAAGAAGAAUAAGCUAAUGCUAGAGGGUAAUAAAAUCUAAUACAAGUGUAAUUUAAAUGGUGAUGAUGAUGAUGUUGUUGAUAAUUAUGAUGAUGAUGAAGCUGCUUAACUCACGACUUAUAGCUUAGUCUCAAAAUACCCUAGAAUUUGAAAUCACAGAGCAGUAUUCGUUUCUUUUUUACUGAGUGAGGUUUUGUCAUUUUUGUUAUUUGGAAAUUGAAUACGUUAUCGUUAAUUCCGUUUUGUUGUUGUUGUUAUUUACUUUUGAAAAGAUUCAAAAACAGAUGCAGAUGUCCCAGUGGUCCCAGUUUUCUCCCGAAGAGAAGGUAAUAAAUUUUGCACUUUUUAUCCCUUUCAUGAAACCUUGUUCCCUAACAGCUUCCGCACCAUUGCUUUGCGUAGUUCUCAGCUAAAAGGUUUCCCCAUACGGACCCUUAUAAUAGUUUGUUCGGGAAGGGGAUAAAAGUUUGUUAGCGGAAGGGAUAAAGAACUAACUUUCUCCCUGCGAAACAAUAAACUUUGAGAGGGCCGGGAACUCAUGUAGGUUCCACGUGUUUAGGAACUGCUUGAACUCUUUAGAAAACACCUUGAUUGUUAAUUAGUCCGUGGACAUCUGUGCGCGAUGACGUCAUUGUAAGGUUCACAAGUGCUCUAGGAAAGUUCUGUUAAAGUGCUUCUUUCUUGGAGUCUCCAUCUUGAUCUUUAAGAAUAGUGUGACUAUCAAGUAAUCGUUCGGGAAAGUGGACCCUAUCACAGUUGUUACCUUUGGAAGUGGAGUCUACUAAUCCUCAAUAAAUACAGUUCAGUGAAAUUUCGUGUACAAGCGCUUUUUCUUGACUUGUUACAACCCAUCGGGCUAGAGAUUUGCAGAACUGUAACUUGAUGAUGAUGCUGAUAAACAACAGUUUACUAAAAACACAUGAUUCUCUCAAGUUUAAAUAAGCCAUUUUCGAGUUGCUUUUUUUUUUUCUCAUGCAAAAAAACUCAUUUUCAAAGGAAAGGUUUUACACUUAGCCUCGUUUUCAUAGUCAGAGUUUUUGGAACUCGGAAAUGGCCUAUUACUGUAAAUAUUGCCCCAUGCAUCAAAAAGUAUAAUAUUUCUAAUGUGCCACUGAGGCCAUAAACUUGAGCACUACUCAGCUCACCGCUACACUCUCUAAACACUCUCGCUGUUAAGUCACAUGACUUCAGACUGCGCGCGCCAGGGAAGUCCUGGAUGUACACUACAAAUACGAAGUAUCUACAAGUUUUAAAACAAAGCUCUGAACAGAACUUUGUGACGUUUUUGCUUGCUAAUGCAUCAUAAUUGUAAUGUCCUUUCGAUUGUUGUGUCUUAGGCGUCAAAAUGGAAAAGAUGUGAAAUAUUGAUAUCUGGCAAAGAGAAAAUGAGUAGUAAGACCAACUUGAAGACUGACUUGGAGAUCCUGGAUAGCUACAAACCAAAUGAUGACUGUGUCCACGUUUUAAGGACACGGUUUCCUCACCGUGCGGUUACAAAAGCGGAACAGCUACUACCAAUCGCCUUUGGCUUCAGUGUCCACAAAGAUGCUCGUUUGUUCGAACAACUUCUGCAAGCUAUCUACAUGCCACACAACGUUUAUUGUAUUCAUAUUGACAAGAAGUCUUCAGACGUCUUUCGUAAAGCAAUACUUGCGAUGAUACGGUGUCUGCCGAAUGUGUUUGUGUCCAAAAAGAGCGCGGAUGUUGUUUGGGGACAUUUUUCUAUUGUUGAAGCUCAGCUAAACUGCAUGGAGGAACUUUUGCAAUCAACAAUAAAGUGGAAAUAUUACAUUAACUUGAUUGGACAGGAUUUUCCACUUUAUGAAAACAGUCAAAUCGUGGUAGCUUUACAAAAGUUAAACAAUACGAACAGCAUAGAAAGUUUCCCGAUGCCUGGGCAUAAUUCUGAUAGAACUAAGAAAGUUCACAUUUUGCAAGACCACACUAUUUACAACACAGGGGCUGAAAAGUCUCCACCGCCCCACAAUAUUCCAAUACAAAAAGGCUCAACACACAUUGUUGCAAUUAGAGAAUUUAUCGAGUUUCUUCUCCAUAGUAAGAUAGGAAAAGACUUUGUUAAUUUCCUGAAGGACACCUAUGUCCCAGAUGAAACAAUUUACUCGUCUUUACAACAGCAUCCGCUGACGCCAGGAGGUCUCCUUGGUGAACAGCAUAAUCACAUAACACGUGCUCUCCAUUGGUAUGAUCAGAAUCCCUAUUGCAAAGGCGAAUGGGUUCGAACCUUGUGCUGGUUGUCCAUUGAGGAUUUGCAGUGGGCCUUGGGCGAAACAAUGAAGGAAAAACUAUUUGUUCACAAGAUUCCAUUUGACAAUAAUGAUGACAUAAUAGAGUGUAUUCUAGUGGCAAGACAAGGAAGAACGUAUAACACGACUGCGUGGAACCCAGAAAACCUAGAGAAAAAAUUAAAGAUAACAGAAUAAAUUUUCCCCGGUCUCAAAGUGCCAUAAGGAUUGUUUUUUGAGCUGAAGACACCCUGAGUGCAACAAAUGUUUAUCCAAUUCGCUUUUGGCUAGAAAUAGCAAAGAGAAAGAACUUUAAUGCUCACGUUUGCUUUUUUUUUUCUUUUAUCGUUGGAUAUUUUUACCUUGGUGUAUCU